AUGGCGAUCCAUAAGCUGACCCCGAUUCUCAUGACGGGAAGUCUAUUCCUGGGACUUCUUCUUGCCAUCGGCCAUCAUCUCUACUACCAGUAUCUCGACGGGAGAAUUAUCAAGAGUCAAAAUCAACAGGAGUGGUUUCUCCGCGUCGGCACCGGUAUAGCGUUCCUCGCAAGAGCUCUCUUGUCAGCAGCUGUCGGGUUCGCAUACACGCAAAUACUAUGGCGAACCCUGAGAUCAAGAUCCGUCACUAUCGAGGGUGUCAACUCGCUUUUUGGCGUCUUGCAUAAUGCCUGGGAUUUUACUGCUUGGGAGCUCUGGACGGCUGCACCGGCGCUUGCUGUAGUGGCCAUAAUAGCUUGGGCACUCCCGCUGAUUGCAGUUAUUACUCCAGCUACGCUUACCGUCCAGGUUUCUGACCGUCCAAACAUCACAGUUGUGGAUGCUCCCAUUCCACUGCUCGAUUAUGACAACAUGCUCAACUUUGCCCAAUUCACGGGAGUAGGUGGAGUCGGGUAUUACGCUCCCUCGAGCUACGUCUCAAGGGUGCUAUUAUCAGUGGCAUCUCUCGGCUCCAUCCUCACUAUCCCAGCACCAUUUCCCAACUCGUCAUAUUCCAUCGACUUUUAUGGCCCUUCGAUUUCAUGCAAUACCCCCCGUAACGCGACCUUUGCAAAGCUCCUAGGUGAUACUGUCAAGAACGAGACCUGCUGUGGCAAUUCUGUUGGCUACGUUGGUUUUGUUCCGAGUAGCAACACAAUCAACAGGACUGUGGAGGGCUAUGCCUUGGCCGGUCUGCGUGGAGCAAUGAACUAUUCUCUCAUCUCGACAGUUGCAUCCAUUGAUCAGACGGCCAACGCCACCAGUUCGGCUAAGCUCUAUGUUGUCGUACCCGAUAAGCCCGCGUCAAGCAGUUACAUCCUGGCAAACAAGUCGAUCGAAUGCGCGCUCUAUAACUCGUCGUAUGCCGUGAACUUUAUAUUCGACAACGGCAGGCAGAACAUUACAUACAAGUCCAAAAGACUAAAUGGAGUAACAUCCACCGAUGCCGGCCUCAACCAGGAUACAGGCUCUAGUCAGUUCAAUGCUGCUGUCGCUUAUAUAGCGCUCAUGGACUCUCUGGGCAAGCUGCUACUUGGAAGUCUGGGCAUCUCACACUAUGGUGUUAUGCGUGCGACUCAGACACAGAUCAUGAGCUCUAUUCUCAUGGAUGCCAAAGAGAUGCAGGUUCUUGGUGGUGUGAAUGCGGCAACAGAUCAUCCGACAGCACCGGAUUCUGUGAUUGGGAAUAUCUCUAUGGCUGAUGCAUUGGAGCAACUGUUUACCAAUGCGACGAUAAGUCUCUUUAGUAACUCCCAGCUACUGCAAAACGACACCACUGCAUCUCGCGGUAACAUUACCUACCUCACCGCGCAAAUCGCCUUCUCCUAUGAGCCUCGCAACCUCUUCAUCGCAUACGGGCUAGGCGUACUGGCUUCUGCGAUUAUUGUCAUCAUCGGACUUCUAUGUAUCAAGUCUGCAUCGGCAUCCUAUGCGACUACUUUCUCAACUAUUCUGCGGACUACGAGAAACCCCGAUAUUGACACUAUCGUCCCGGCAGCGGAAACAUCUGGCGCAGAACCUUUGUCAAAACAUCUUGGCGAUACUCGUCUGGUACUCCGACGUCAGGAACGGAAGCUGGAGGGGAUGGGUGACGAUAUGGUGACGCUCUUUGCUGUGGACUCGACGCCGGAUGAGAAGGGUAGGACAAAAGACUCUCCUUAUGAUUCGUCCCACCCGGGGGAUAGAGGGCAACAAUACUCUGACGUAAGUAUCGAGCUUCUGAGCCAUGUCGAUCAUUCGGUUACAGAUGCAAGGACUGGAAAUGGUGGUAGGAAGCUGUUUACCCGUGGAAAUUGA